CUAUAAAUCACAUUUCAGACUUAUUAUUCAACAACCUUAUGUGUUGCUGGAAACACACAGCCUUGCUGCUCCUGACAACAAAUGCAAAAUUUGGCUUUCCCCAGUUGGGUUAUGACAAUGUCAAAGAUUCUAUAUAAACCACAUAUUAAAAGGCAAGGACCAUUAUUUUUUUAUCCUAAUCAUUUCAGGGGGAACAUUCCACAGAGGCAAGAUGCUGUAGUUAUAUUUCUAAAGUAAAAUUCAAUAUUGGUAGAGCUGGAUUCUAGUUAGCAUUAGUAGUAAGGCUUAUAUGCAGUUUAAGAAAUUAUAAUGUAGGAUAUGUAUAUGAUUAUAUGUAAUUAAUAUCUGUUUGUUUUUCUGUUGAAAGAGUUUGUGUACAGUGCUCAUGGACAACCUGACAUUCACAAAUAGCCUUCUCCUCGUCGAGGGACUGAAAGUCACACCUCAGUCAUCUCAGCCUGUUUUUAUCAUGUUUCUCUUGGCUUAUGUCUUUGCAAUGAUAUCAAAUGCUGGACUUAUAUUUCUGAUAUCAACAGACAAGAAUCUGCAUGAACCUAUGCAUUUUCUGUUCUGUAACUUACCACUGAAUGAUAUUAUUGGGACCACAGUUGUCAUGCCACGUUUACUUCUGGAUAUUUUAAGGGAAACCUCUGAACGUUUUAUAUCUUAUGCGGAAUGUGUUGUUCAAGCUUAUUUUGUGCAUAUAUUUACAGCAGCAUGUCACUAUGUGCUGAUGAUCAUGGCCUUUGACAGAUAUGUGGCUAUAUGUAAUCCUCUGAGAUAUACAGCUAUCAUGACCAAUAAAAUGGUUAUUGUACUCUCAGCAAUUGUUUGGAGCUUGGCCGUUCUUUUGGUGACAAUUAUGUUAGGCCUUACAAUACGUCUUUCACAUUGUAGGUAUAAAAUUGAAAAUCCUUUCUGUGACAAUGCUUCAUUGUUUAAACUGUCCUGUGAAAAUGUGUCUGUUAAUAAUGUGUUCGGACUUGUUUAUACUGUAGUUGUAUUCAGUCUGUCUGCAUUAUCUAUAGUUGUAACAUAUGUCAAAAUUGCUACUGUAUGUGUAACCAGCAAGAACAAAGCACUCAACAGCAAAGCCAUAAAGACCUGCAGCACUCAUUUAGCUGUUUACUUAAUCAUGUUCAUUUCUGGAGCCACUUUUAUUUUCCUUCACCGUUUUCCUGAAUACUCUGACAACAGGAAACUAGCUAGUAUAAUGUUCCAUGUUGUACCACCAGGUUUAAAUCCUUUAGUGUAUGGUUUACAAAACAAAGAGAUUAGACAAAAGUUUGUGAAACUCUGGAGUAGAAAGAAGUGAGUCCUUUAGCUGAUUAUAUACUUUUAUUACAGAUAAAAGAUUUUAAUGAAUGUGAAAAAUUAAACAUGUAUGGCUGAGAAAACUGUAGUAAUGUGACUGCAUUUUGCACCUUUUUUCUGUACUCUUGUUGUUUCAGUAUUUGUAUAAUAAUUUACAUGAAACUAAAAUUAAUUUAAAAUAAGUUGUAUACAUAUGAUACAUGGUGGAAAAUAAAUGCCAAAAAACACAUGUUGAUUUUGGCUUACUAUAAGCAAAACAAUCUACUUACAAUAAAAAUUUGAACAUUUAAGUAAAAGGUUAAA